UUGAAUUUUACAGAACAUAUCCAUCGGACAGUCAAGUCGAUUGAACGCUGUGUUGCGUGUUCGAUAGAAAAUGAGCUAUCACAUGCAACAUCAAGGAUUACGGCAAGCGCACGGUUCAUACCCUGGCCAAGAAUUGAACCCGAAAGAGCAAACUAUGAUGUGGCAGCAAGGGAACUUCAUGGGGCCGGAUUCAGGCGUUCAUUCCGGUGCGACGACGAAUGCUCCGUCGUUGUCGGGAAAAGAUACGGAUCAUGACAUGGAUACGACUUUAUUCGAUUUGGACUCCGGUUUCACCCAGGGUUAUACCCAUGAACAAGUCAACGAAAUGAAUGCGCAGUUGAACCAAACGCGCUCGCAGAGAGUCCGAGCUGCGAUGUUCCCCGAGACACUGGAUGAAGGGAUGGAAAUUCCGUCAACUCAGUUUGACCCAUCGCAGCCGACUGCCAUUCAAAGAUUGGCUGAGCCUUCUCAGAUGCUCAAAUGCGCUGUUGUCAACCUCAUCAACUAUCAAGAUGAUGCCGAGCUCGCGACUCGAGCAAUUCCGGAGCUGAUCAAAUUGUUGAAUGACGAAGAUCAAGUUGUUGUCGCUCAAGCCGCAAUGGUUGUUCAUCAGCUAUCGAAAAAAGAUGCUUCGUUGAGGGCGCUGAUGAACUCCUCGCAGAUGGUCUCCGCUCUCAUUCGCGCUUUGUCGACUUCCAACGAUUUAGAAACCACGCGGGUCACUGUUGGUACCUUGCACAACUUGUCGCAGCAUCCGCAAGGCCUUCUUGCGAUCUUCAAAUCCGGCGGGAUUCCAGCUCUCGUGAAACUCCUGAGUUCCCCCGUUGAAAGUGUGCUUUUCUAUGCAAUCACGACUCUUCACAAUCUUCUUCUGCAUCAAGAAGGCGCGAAGAAAGCCGUGAGACAUCACGGGGGCUUGCAGAAAAUGGUCGCGUUGUUGCAAAGGAACAAUCAUAAGUUCCUUGCGAUCGUGACUGACUGCCUGCAGAUCCUUGCUUACGGCAACCAGGAAAGCAAGCUGAUUAUUCUAGCAUCUCAGGGACCCGUUGAGUUGGUUCGCAUCAUGAAAAUGUACAAUUACGAAAAGCUGCUCUGGACUACAUCCCGAGUGCUGAAAGUCUUGUCUGUUUGUUCGAGCAACAAGCCUGCCAUCGUUGAAGCUGGUGGCAUGCAGGCCUUGGCAAUGCAUCUUGGAGGAUCUUCGCAGCGUUUGGUUCAAAACUGUCUGUGGACGCUUCGAAAUCUUUCGGAUGCUGGAACAAAAAUCGAUGGCAUGGAUACAUUGUUGAGGGGAUUGGUGCAACGCCUGUCAUCGAACGAAGUGAACAUCGUCACUUGUGCUGCUGGUAUCCUGUCCAACUUGACUUGCAACAAUCAAAGAAAUAAAGUCAUCGUUUGUCAAGUCGGCGGUGUGGAGGCGUUGGUUCACACAAUUGCCAAUGCUGGAGACCGCGAAGAAAUCAGUGAACCAGCUGUCUGUGCGCUGAGGCACCUGACUUCUCGUCACGCAGAAGCAGAAGUUGCUCAAAACGCAGUUCGUCUGGCCAAGGGAAUUCCUGUGAUUUCCAAGCUCCUGCAUCCCCCAUCGCGUUGGCCACUGAUCAAGGCUCUCAUUGGACUUAUCCGCAACUUGGCGCUUUGUCCGGCUAACCACGGCCCACUGAGAGAACAAGAAGCUAUUCCGCGGCUCAUUCUUCUGCUCAUCGAGGCUUACAAAGAAGUCGAAAGGAAAAAUGUUGGACUUCCUGGCAACCAGCCUUCGCAACCAGUUUACGUGGAUGGUGUGCGGAUGGAGGAAAUUAUCGAAGGCACUGUCGGUGCGUUGCACAUUCUUGCGAGGGACCCGCACAACCGUGCAAUCAUUCGUGGCCAUAACGUCAUUCCCACCUUUGUUAGCUUGCUGUUCAACGAGAUUGAAAAUAUCCAACGAGUGGCGGCCGGGGUUUUGUGCGAGUUGUCGACGGAGAAGGAAGGCGCCCAAUUCAUUGAGGCGGAGGGAGCGACUGGGGUGUUGUCGGAGCUGCUGAAUUCACAUAACGAAGGAGUCGCUACUUACGCUGCAGCUAUUUUGUUCCGCAUGUCGGAAGACAAACCCCAGGACUACAAGAAGAGGUUGAGCCAGGAGUUGACCAACUCUGUUUUGUUCAAGGAUGACCCAUCUGGAGCUUAUUGGGGCGUAGGAUCGGAGAUGAAUGGUGGCAUGAUGUCGGACAUGAUUCAUGCAGUUGAUCAGCAUUAUGAUCAGGCGUACGGAUCCGGGCCGCCGAGUGUACAUUCCGGUCAUGUUGGUUCGCGCAAUUACGCUCCGAUCAAUCAAGGAAUCGACUCUAUGGAUACCGUGAAUGACCCGUAUGGAACAACGGGAAUGGACGCAAUGGACUUCCAACAGCACAUGGGUGACAUGCCUCGUGGGAUGGGUUCUCGUCAAGGAACCCUGCCGCACCAGCACAUGGGUGGCCCAGGUGUUGUCCCAGCACCGCCGCAAGACAACAACCAAGUGGCAGCUUGGUAUGACACUGACCUUUGAUCUAUAUGAAACUGACAAGACAUGAGGCUUACAAACGGAACGACUAUGCGAAGAAAUCCGUGUAUUUUUCUUUGUGAAUUGUAAGUUUUGUUCAAGCUUCUUUCUCCCCCCAU